AUGAUAUCGUCCACUACCACGCGACCUCCAGCACGCAAACCGCUUUAUGACGGUCAGCAGCAAUCAUGGCCGAGCCACGGCAAUGUUGCAUCGUUCAUUCGAUGUCUUCAUCUCCUCGACCUAGAUCUUCGCGACGACUGGCCACACAUUAAUGUCCAAACGUUUUCAACGAAGUCGGCUCUCCAGAAUCUGCAGCUACGCAUUCGUGCGGUCGAGUGGAGUCUGUAUCGCCUCAUAGAGCUCUGGGAUGACCGGAUCGCACGAGAUAAACUACAACCAUUUUUCCCACCACAAAGUGUCCUGCAGUCACAAAAUUUGAGAGCGGCUCUACUUCGUGUGCUCACGGAGUUCAAAUCCAACGGCAUGCUGCCAAAGGAUACUGUUCUGAGGAAGACAACUUUCGAUGAGUGCAAAGGCGAGAAGUUCGAGGAGCUUCUGUUCACUGUUGCUCAAGCCACCCUACGAAAGGUAGCUUCUCGGUCACUAGGCUACCAGGCCACAGACCUCAACGUCGAUGCUGAUCACCUCGUCCCCCUGAUCAUCGCUCACAAGGCCGUACUGAGCAAGGUGCUACAUGAGCGCCAUGUGGUAAUCAAAAAUGCGCAAGAGCGGCAACAAAGUAUUCUGACAGCUAGGGAGGACAUCGACGAACGACGAACAUGGCUUCAAGCACAUCCGCCGCCCGGGCAUGACAGACGAGAUGAAGUUGAGUCUCUGCUACGGACCGCAUGGUCAGGAGAUCAGAAAUGGAUCACAGCACUGUUGCAGGCAAGCCCGAUGCAGCUGGCUUCUGGAAGAUCGCUAGACAAUUCACGUAUAGCCCCGUCAAAUUCCCUUUCGGAGAUGCAGCAUCGCGUCACACAACAGCAGACAUAUCUCAAACGUCUCAGACAUUUCAAAGAUUCCCUACCGACAUCGGCAGCAUCAGGUGGGCAGACUUCACAACCACCGAAUAAGCCAGUAAUUCCUCUGCUUCGAUUCGAUGAGCAUAAACAACUCACGGGGCAGCAUUUCGUGGACGAGAAAAUGUGUGACAAGACCUCGAUCAGCGUUCGGGCCGAUGAAAUGCUGUCGAGGCUCAAGCAUGAUUUACUUGACGACCUAAGCCUAACAGAGGGGUUCUCGCAACAUUGUUCAGCCCAGUCAAGUACUGAGCACAUGGACAACGUAUCAAACUCUCUGGCGAGUCAUAUCGAGCCGAAGACAAUCGUCGACCAAACAAGCGACUCAUCAGAACGCUCAUGGCUGAAGGGUCCUUCGACGCCGGCAGUUCCUCGGAGGGCACCUGACUUGAAGGAGCCUCCAAAUGCAGAUGCUCUAGCGGAGAACCGUCAAGCCCAUUCGCCCGUUUCGACCGACGGCCCAUCGACUUUGCCGUGCUCGUCAUUUGAGGAAGCCCUCCCAGCUCUGACCCUGGCAGAGCGGACCCGCAUGUCCAUGGCUGAUGUGGCAAGCAGUGCCCCAAGCGCAAAGAGACCGCAACAGAACGGCCAUUCAACAUCGCCGGAUCGGAGGCCACCCGUUGAAAAGCCGCCUAAUAUGAGCGCCCCUGCUUCUGAGCCAACGUCGAAUCUGGUCGAGCGCACGCGUAAGUCUAUGGCGCUAGCAACCGUCAAGCCAACUGUUCCCGACGUUGUGCGAGAGCCGAAGGCAUCCAGAGCAUCUCAACUGUACCCUGUCAACCCUUUCGAGACUCCUCGUCGACAAGUCUCUGCUUUCGAGGGGACUCCUCAGUCGAACGGAUCCACUCCACGAGAGUCCUUAUUCAGUGAUGAUGUCGACAUGAGAUCAGUGUUCAAGAGUCGCCCGAAGAUAGCCACCUCGCCUAUGCUGUCUCCGGAUCGAAGCGUAUUUCCGUCGGAUGGACAAGACCUUGAGCUAGAGGAUGGUUCAGGACAUGACUAA